AUGAAGAUCCCACGCUCAGUCCUCGCAGCCGUCGCCGCCCUCCUGGUCGCCUCGGCCUCCUCCGCCCAACAGGAUGCCCUUGACAUGGACACCGACAUGAACGCCGCUGUCGAACCCACCUCGGCAGAUCCCGUCGGAUUCCUCAACGUAGGUCGCGGUCGUCUCGUUUCCGUCACCAGUUCCGAAUACGAAUCCAUCGAGCGCGGCGAGUGGCCCGAUACCUCUUCCAAGCCUGGCGAGGAGAUCAACCCUGACGCUGCUGCUACUGCCGUCGGCACUGCGGUCGUGCUCUCGCAGGACGAGAUCAAGAGCGUCUUGGAGGCUCAUAACAAGCUCCGUGCACUCCAUGGUGCCCCUGCUCUGACUUGGAACGCGGAGUCUGCCAAGUUUGGAGAUGAUUGGCUCAAGUCUUGUGAGUUUAAGCACAGCGGCGGCAAGUACGGAGAGAACCUUGCCGCUGGAUACAAGGACUUCCCAACUGCCGUCCAGGCCUGGUACGAUGAGAUCAAGUCUUACGACUUCUCCAAUCCCGGAUUCACCGGAGCCACCGGUCACUUUACGCAGGUCGUGUGGAAGAGCUCGAAGACGUUGGGAUGUGCCAAGAGAAUCUGCCCCGCGUGGAAUGUGUACAUCUGCGAGUACGAUCCCCCAGGCAACAUUGUCACCAAGGACAACUCGUACUUCAAGAACAAUGUUCUUCCCCUUGGCACCAAGCUUUAA